AUGUAUGUACAAGACGCAAAGGAUGGGCAAAUCAUCCCCAGAACUAAAGGUCUCUUGACUCAGAGUCCAGAUUAUUACGAUGUGGAAUUGUUCAGUCAGUUCUGGGCUGAUCUACACAAGAAUAUGACACUGAUAAAGAAACACAUCAGGAAUAAUGAUUGGUUUCAUGGUUACCUGCAGAAAAUUACUGGAUGCAUGGACUUACAGUUUAAGGACAGCAUGGUGAAUGCUACCGCCUGUCUCAAUAGGGCAAGCGAAUAUAUUCGUGGGCAUACGAAACUGAACUUGUAUACCCAUUAUGCUCUUCGUGGUGCUGCAGCGUUUGCGAAAACAGUUAAGCAACUAUAUACAGAAUGUGGUUCAAAUACUGAUGUUUGUUUUCGGAUGAGGAGUCAAGCAAUAUCAAAGAUGGAACAGAUCGUUGUCAGUACGAGAGGGGAUUUUAAGCAAGAGUUUCCUAACGUAAACAUUACCUUCAGCUUCGAAAAAGGAGAGAUUCGCUAUGCAAAGAAAGAAGAACCUGAUUAUUCUGUCUUCAACUUCAAAUCCAAUGGCAGCUCAUUUGGAUUUUACAAGGUGGGGGAGUUUAGAGAUGACCGGUUAAAUAUAACAGACACAAUCGUGGCAUUUAAUAAGGACGAAGAAGAAACAGACGCCGUUCAUGCACAAUGUCAGAAAUCGUAUGACUGUAUAAAGUGCUUGAAGUCAAACGAAGAUGCAAAGGUCUUAUACAUACCAGGUGAUUUCUAUAUCAUUGGUAUGGCACCCAUACACAACAAGGGUGGUACCUUUCUGAAGUGUGGAAGCGUGCGAGCCAUAUCUCUAAGUGUUGACCUUACAAUAGCAUUGCAGUUCGCUGUAUCCACCUUAAACAACAAGUCUGGCAUAUUUGGUGGGACUCUUGGCAACAAGACAAUUGGCUUGGUUGUACUGGAUACAUGUUCCAAUCCAUAUCAGAUACAAGAGCAGAUCAUUACUUCGUAA